GUUUUCUCCCACUCGCGCGACUCACCAUGCCACCGUCCACCCGUAUACCGCCCUUUCUCCACCGACACAUACACCUACCACACGAUGAAUCCAUACUGCUCCUUACGAGCACCCUCGGUGCCAGCGCAAACUGGCUGAUAAUUCGGUUUCUGUGCGAUGCGCUGAGUAACUCAACACAAGAUGGCGGGGCAGAACUGGGUCACAAUGUGGUGCUCGUGUCCUGGAUGAGGGAAUACGAAUUCUGGAGGCAAGAGGCUAGGAAGGGUGCAGGGCUAGACUUGGAGAGGUUGAAGAAGGAGGGGAGAUUUGCGUUUGUGGAUGGACUGAGUGGGGUUCUGGGCGAGGUCGAUGAGCACAACAAUGCGAGACCAGAGAUACAACCGCGAGCCGCUGCACCGAGCGCAAGUACAUCGGGUAUACAAGCGCAACGGGGAGGACAGACUUUACCAGUUCGAGGGCCACCUGGGCGCGUACUGCCUGCGAGAGGAGCACAACCAGCAACGAGCACGACUCUAGCGGCACAGACAGCGACAACAAGCAAAAGUACACCUGGCCAUUGCACCCUCAAAUCGUCUGAACUUGGGAAUCUCAAGACUGCGAUAGCCAGCGCCGUCUCCUCCCUCUCCUCCAGCUCUACGCCCACAUCCCCGAGUCAACGCAAGACUCUUCUUGUACUCGAUAAUCCCGACCUCCUCCUCGCUCUCAACUCAACAAUGACCCCGUCAGCAAUGACCUCGCUCGUCCUCGCUCUACACACGCUCCCUAGCGUAUCCCACAUGCUCCUUCACAUCCAAUCCGACAAUCCGCUCCUCAGCCUCAGCGUACCACCACAACCUCUCGAGCUCGCGCAUCACAACUUCCUGAUCAGGUGCGCGCACAUGAGCCGAAGGAUACUUGGUGUUAGAGUGUUGGAUACGGGAGUUGCGCGGGAUGUGAGUGGAGUAAUACGGGUCACUGAGCAGAAGGUAGGAUGGCUGGGGUUGGGACUCGAAGAUGAACAAAAGGAUGAGGGCGAAAGUAGCAAAGGGAAAGAGUUCUUGUAUCAGGUCAAGGGAGAUGGGAGCGUCAAGGUCUUUGAACGAGGGGCUGGCGGGGAGGGCUAAGACACGAUCAUGACUCUUCUAGUCUAUGACUCCAGUAUAUAGAAUGCAAGAACGUCGUAUGUAUCGCCUUUUUUGAACACGGGC